AGGUUUACAGAUGAGAUAGGGUUGUUACUAACUAACGAGAGGCAGUCGCCCAGCUCUCUCAGUACUCUGUAGAUACUAUACCAGUCUUCACUCUUCUACUCUUUUGUCACUGUCUUCCAUUUUUCUGAAAAUUCUUUUCCCUUUCCCUUUCAGUUCCGACCACAAAUGACCUCCAAAUUUUCCCUUUCUUUCCCCUUUUUCUUCUUCUUCUUCUUCUUCUUCCUCAGCCCAGUAUCAGCGCAGAGGCUCAGCUCCAUUGAUUUGGCGGCUUUGCGUGAUAUCAAGAACUGCUUGACUGAAAUUCCUGCCGCCGAGUUUUUCACCACCUGGGAUUUUGCUUCGCCGGCUGUCGACCCUUGUGUCUCCUUCGCCGGAGUUACUUGCUCCGGGAGUCCGCGGAGAGUUGUUACUCUGAUGCUUGGGUCCGGGCUGUCGGAGUCGCCGCGGCUGGCUGGAACUCUUUCUCCGUCGAUUGGGAAUCUCUCUGAGUUGACCCAGCUGGUUUUGUUCUCCGGCAUUGUCACCGGCCCCAUCCCGGAGCAACUCGGGUCGUUAACGAACCUCCGGGUUCUCAGCCUGACUAAUAACCGCUUGACGGGGUCGAUUCCGGCGGCGAUUUUCGGUCUCCCGAAUCUUCACACCCUCGAUCUGAGCCGUAACGAGCUGACGGGGCCGGUGCCCGGAGUAACCCGGUUGACGGAGCUGAGGGUUAUGAUUCUGGCCGGGAACCAGCUUUCCGGCGAGUUCCCGGCGGAGCUGCCGGGGGGAUUGCUCCAUUUGGAUUUGAGCGAGAACGAGUUGUCGGGGGAGCUGCCGUAUCACUUGCCGCCGUCGCUCCGUUACCUGUCGGUUUCCGUGAACCAGAUGUGGGGCCCACUCAACGGACUCGAAUCCUCGUCGCUCUCAGAAUUAGUGUACCUCGACCUCAGCAUGAACCGUUUCGGUGGGCCCAUCCCUCCUAACCUCUUCCGCACUUCUCUCGCGUCCGUGUUCCUCCAACGGAACAAUUUCUCCGGUGGGGUCCACACCCAACCCCAGUCCCCCCUCCCCUACGCCGCCGGAUCCGUACUGGACCUCAGCCACAACUCCCUCACCGGCGAAAUCCCCGCCGCGCUGGCCGGGGCGGAGAGCGUCUUCCUCAACAACAACCGCUUCGUCGGGACCGUGCCGCCGGAGUACUUCCGGAGCGUCUACGGCGGCGUCACCAAGACCCUGUACUUGCAGCACAACUUCAUCACCGGGUUCCCGGCGGUGGAGGAGCGGGGCAGCCCGAUUCCGCUGCCGGAUUCCGUCACGUUGUGCCUGUCGUACAACUGCGCGGUGCCGCAGUUGCCGGCGGGGUCCAUGACGUGUCCGGCCAGCGCCGGCGAGCAGCUUUCCAGGCCUCCUUCCCAGUGCUCUCUCUUCAACAAUGCCAGCCACGCCGGCUAAAAACACAACCCCGGUUCGUGCAUGCAUGGAAAGAUUGAAUCGGAGAGAAAAAGAUCACUGCUUUUCUUCUUUUUCUUUUUUCUUUUUUUACUAUACUGUCAAUUUUAUUUUAUUUUAUUUUUUUUGGUUUUAAAUUUUCAGCUUUUUGGUCUGUAAUUAGCAGUUAUCAUACAGAAUUUAGAAACUGCAAGCUAUAUAGCCUAUAUGAUUAGUAUUACUGAAAACAAUGUAUUAUUUUAGAUUUUCUUGAUAUGCAUAGUAACUGGCUUGGUGUGUUUGCUUUUUGUAAGGUUUUCCUUUAAUGAUAUUUUCACUU